UUCUUUCUCUCUCUUCAGCUGGGAAGUUAUCAAUUCGAAACCAGAUGAAAGACCUGGGUUCAGCCAUUGUCUUGCAGAAUCAUGGAUGAAUUUCAGCAUAUUUCUUCAAGAAAUGUCUGUGUUUAAACAGCAGAGCCCUGGCAAGUUUUGUCUGCUGGUCUGCAGUGUGUGCACCUUUUUUACCAUCUUGGGGAGUUACAUUCCUGGGGUUAUACUCAGCUAUCUACUGUUGCUGUGUGCAUUUUUGUGUCCACUGUUCAAGUGUAAUGAUAUUGGACAAAAAAUAUACAGCAAAAUCAAGUCAUUUCUCCUGAAACUAGAUUUUGGAAUCAGAGAAUAUAUUAACCAGAAGAAACGUGAGAGAUCUGAAGCAGAUAAAGAAAAAAGUCACAAAGAUGACAGUGAAUUAGACUUUUCAGCUCUUUGUCCUAAGAUUAGCCUUACCACUGCCGCCAAAGAAUUGUCUGUGUCUGACACCGAUGUGUCGGAGGUCUCCUGGACGGACAAUGGGACCUUCAACCUCUCAGAAGGAUACACUCCACAGACAGACACUUCUGACGAUCUUGACCGACCUAGUGAGGAAGUUUUCUCUCGAGACCUUUCAGAUUUUCCAUCGCUAGAAAAUGGCACGGGAACAAACGAUGAAGAUGAAUUGAGCCUUGGCUUGCCCACUGAGCUCAAGAGAAAAAAGGAGCAGUUGGACAGUGGUCCCAGACAGAGCGUAGAGAAGAAGUCAGCAGCUGGUCUCACCCUUCCUCUGAGCAGUGACCAGACCCUGAACCUGAUGAGCAACCUGGCUGGGGACGUCAUCACGGCCGCGGUGACCGCCGCGGUCAAAGACCAGUUGGCAGGCGUGCGCCAAGUGCUGUCUCAGGCUGCUCCCAGCCCCGGGGAGGACACAGACACGGAGGAGGGCGAUGACUUUGAACUCCUGGACCAGUCAGAGCUUGAUCAAAUUGAGAGUGAAUUGGGACUGUCACAAGACCAGGAAGCAGAAGGCCAGCAAAAUAAGAAGUCUUCAGGCUUCCUUUCAAAUCUGCUUGGAGGCCAUUAGUCUGGGAAUUGGCUUAUUAUGACAGAGCACAAACUACCAAAAGAAUUUCAAGCAAGCAAAAAAAAAAAAAAAAAUCAAAUCUUUUCAAACUGUGAGCUUUACUGAUUACUUUAGAAUUUUUUUGGUCUUUCCCCCUCCUCUGCAGUGAAUUCAUUGGAUAUAUGUCAGCUGACACUGAUAGAUUGAUAUUUCUCAUAGUUAUUUUUAUGUAAUGAGCAUGGAAAUGAACUUUAUAUAUAUGUGUAUAUAUAUAUACACACACUUACUGUGUUGUUGGAGUUGAAUAUUAGAAGUUGUUUUUAAAGCAAAAUGAAAACACCCAAUUAUUGAGAUCCUCCCAUAAGUAUUCCUUAAUGUUUUCUUCACAAUUUUUCAAGCAUGCAAAAACAGUUUAUUGUAACUCACUGAAAUAUUAACAAUUAAUUGUGAACACAUGUUGUAUUGGCUCCUUGUUCCUAAUAUUGGACACAGUUAAAAAUUUUUGGUGGAUUUUGACAUAAAAAGACAAAAAUGAUCAAAGUCACUUUGGUUGAAAGACUUGGGAGAUACUAUUAAAGUCAAUUUCCUAGGAAAACUUUUUGAAAAUAUAUUUACGUUAGAUAGGCUGAUACAUUUCCAUGUUAUUUCUGCAGUUGUAGAUUUCAGGCUUCCUUGUAAAUGGCACACUCCACUGACUGCCAAGUUGGAGUCUUGGCAAUGGGUAAUAUUAGCGCAUAGAAAGCAAGUACUUAGAUAUCAUGUGUCUACAAGGUCUUGAUGUAAACAGAGAUCGGCCACACUUUGUUGUUUCAUUUGUCAUGUAUUUGUGAUAAGGAUGUUGUGAGUGCAGAUCUAUUCUGCCUGCUCAGAACUAGAUUCAACCCUCACCUUUCAUAUUACGGAAAAAAGUCUCUUAAAAUUGUGAAACUAGUUCCUGGUAUGUUCUAUGAGUGAUGUGGUCAUCCACCGUAGAGAAACCAGAACUGUUUUCAUAGUCUGACUCCCCGGCAGGAGAGAAACUUGCUUGGCUUUCAAAUGUAUUUAUUUGCCAUUGAAGUCGAAACCUGUAAUCUGUUUCUUCUUAGGAAGCUAGAAUAUAUAUUUUCCUUUACUUUAAAGUUUUUAGAUCACUUAUAGAUAAUCAAAUUCGGCUUAGUUUUUCACACAGGACUAAAGAGCAGAAAUCAAGCUAAUUCUGUUUGUGUGAUAGAAACUUUUAAUAAUGUCGAGGGACCAUGUCCGCAGCUACCAACCAUCUCUUCAAUCUUCAGGUAGAGAUGGCAUUCAACAGAUGCACGCAGACAUCUGAGCCCCUCAGAAAGGAAGGAUAAUCCAAGAAUACAGAAAAUCUGUGGUCCCCUCUCUUUAUUUCAUCCCUUCCCUUCUGUGUCUAAAGAGUGAUAAUAUAUCACCUGACCUUUUAAUGUAGCAUCUCAUAUUUAGUUUUUCUUUCUGAGGUAUUAAAAUAUCUAGGCUGAAUUUUGCCAAACGUUAAAGGGAGAGAAGUGACUGAAAACUCUGACCGCUUGCUUUUCGUGACUGAUGAUGCAUCCCUGUCAUUAGUGCCUCAUGACUGUGUUUGACGUCCUUUAUCAAAACAAAAGUGAGCCUGUGCCUUCAUCAUCUUGCCCAUUUCAGUACAAAUGAAAACCUGGUGUUAGAUCUAUGAGCUGUGUGGGUUUGUGAGGAAUAUCCCUGACUUCUGUUUCAGCAAGAGUUUCUGGACAUGAAGAAAAAUACAGUAACCUAUUUAUAAAAUAGUUUGUUACCAGGUUUCUUUUUUUUAUGUGUAUGUUUCUUCAUUGGAAAAAAUACUCUUGGCCAUGAAGUCAGAAAGUUUAAAGGUCUUUUCAGUUUCUUCUAUGAGGAGAAAAAUAAGUUAAAUUUAACUCAAAUAAUUAAAGAAUGUGUUAUAAGCUUCGGUCAGUUCAGUUCAGUCGCUCAGUCAUGUCCGACUCUUUGCGACCCCAUGGGCUGCAGCUUACAAAGAGAUUAAACUCAAGAUUUGGUAUAAACAGUAAAGCUAGAAUCAAAUGUUAUAAACUAUAAAUUAACAGGGGCUGGGGAUAGGGAGGUAGGUAGGUAGGGUAGGAAAAUGUGUUACCAGCCCUAUGGUGGAGACAUGCCAACUCUCUGUGGACACUUGCGUUAUAACUACAUAUGCACUUUAAUAGUAUUUGUUGAAGAAUGGUGGUGGUUUAGUCGCUAAGUCAUACCUGACUCUUGGGACCCCAUGGAGUGUAGCCUGCCAGGCUCCUCUUUCCUUGGGAUUUCCUAGGCAAGAAUACUGGAGUGGAUUGCCAUUUCCUUCUCCAGGAGAUCUUCAUGAUGCAGGGCUUGAACCCAGGUCUCCUGCAAUACAGGUGGAUUCUUUACAAAUUUACGGAUUCUUUACUGAGUCACCAGGGAAGCCCUAUGUGACUAUAAAUUUACACAACGUAAUAAUGGUACUCUUAAGUCUAUCAAACAUUGGGAUGUCGAGGGUUUUCAUCUUAUAUGUGUGUGUGUAUGUGUUUCUGGCAUGUCGGGGAGUGGGGGACAUUACAUAUAGUCCUGUUUCUGGUUUUAAGAUGUGCUAACAAUAAACCUAGUGAUUGAUUCAGUUCAGUGGGAAACUACAGAUCCUUUUACUAUGAGAAUUUAUACAGUCAUUAAAAUGGGAAGCAUGGAUUUUUUUUUUUUAAUUGCAGAGGAGGUAUAGAAAGAUGUCUUGUUCACUUAUAGGAAAUGCUGAGCAAAACCAUACAAUGGGAAAAGCAUACACUGAUCAUGCAUUUUGAUCUGAAACAAUAAAGCAGGGCUCAAGUUCGUUUUGGAAGGUCAAUCUAUGUUUAAAGCAGUAUUUAUAUUCUCAUUCUGCAACAUUUUUACUGUUUUCUCCCUAAAAAUCUUGAGAAGUGAUUUUUGAAAACACAUUAACAUAGUACCUUGAUGUGCUGAGGAGAAAUUUAACUCAAAGUUCUCUUGGUCAGUGGGCUUGCAUUUAUCAGGGACCUGUUGAUGAUAGACCUGGUCUUUUCUAAUGUUUUUUCCAAUCAAUUGCAGGUACUGCUGCUGGAUCCACUCAAGGUCCAGUUAUAUUCCUCAUGCCCAUAAAAACAGAAACACUCUGAGUCUCUGCUGUUUACCAACUGCAAAGUGAAUGGCAAAUUCUAGAAUUUAACUCUUUACCCUAAGGUGAUACCUUAAUACUUCCUUGUCUUCUUUCCCUUUCUUUACCAUUUCUUUUGUAUCACACAAGCUAGGUAUGUAAUCUUCCUAAAUAUGCCCCUUACUUUCCUCUGUCCACAGGAUCUCUUCUCUACCCCCUUUAUUUCCACCUACAGAUGAAGUCCUCAUUAUCCCCACCUCCUCAGUACCCAUCUGAAAUGUCAACUCCUUAAUGAAAACUUAUCUCCCUAGUUGAUGCCAUUUUUCUAUUCUAAAUACUCAUCGCCACUUCCUUUGUAUCUCAUUGUACUUGACCCAUCUUGAUUCUGUUAGUUACUUGUGAAUUUCUUAUCAUCCUUAACAAGAAAGAAAAAUUUCAAAUAAAGGUGUAUUAAUUUAGAACCAGUAGGAUAUUAUGUAUGUGAUUUUGUGAUAAUAAAAUACAGAUAUUUGGUCUCUG